UGUCCUUUGUAGUUAGAAUUUUUGUGCGUCGGGUAUUAAUUUUGUAUUGUAUGCAUAGGGAAUAAAACAUUUCCCUUUCUCAUCAAAUUUUACUAUUAAAGGGAUAAAAUUACGUUCAUAUUAAUAUUAUAAGAUAAAAAUGAAUUAGUUGUUGUGAUAGGAACUUUAAAUCCCUUAUAUUCAUUAAAAAAAAUUAUAAUGUCCAAACGAGUAGCAUCAGUCGCAUUUAAUGAAAAUGUUGAUAGGAAAGUUGUUAAAGAUGGAAAGAAGCAUUCCUUGGAUUCCGACGAGGAGGAUAGUGGUGCCGAGGAUGAAAAACGUAAUGUGUUAAACGCUGAUGAUAUAGAAGGCGAAGAAGAUGGCGCAGGCGGCAUGGAAGGUGAAAUAACAAUAACACCAUUCAAUAUGAAGGAGGAAUUGGAAGAAGGUCAUUUUGACACCCAAGGUCAUUAUCAUUGGAAAAAAGAAAAGGAAAUUAGGGAUAGUUGGCUGGAUAAUAUUGAUUGGGUAAAGGUAAAAGAUCGACCUGACAAUAAAUAUAAGAUACAUAAACCAGAAGGUGAAAUGAGUGUGCUAGAUGAUACAGAUUCCGAUUCAGAAGAAGAAAAGGAAAUGGAAAAGUUUGAUUUAAUAAGAAAUUACAAAGAAAUUGUAAGUCAUAUGAAACCAAAGGAGACAAUUGCUAAAACAUUACAGCGCAUAGGAGCAAAUUCUAAAAUGUCCAGCGCUGAGAGGUGGAAGAGAAAAAAAGCUGGAACUCUUGAUGAAGGAAGUCAAGUUGUAACCCGAAUAACCGAGUUGGCAAAUCAAAUUCUUACUAAAACUGGUAAUAUGGAUAUAUAUCAGGAAACAUUUGAAAAAAUAAAUAAUGUUAUAUCAAAGGAUAACAAAGCAAAAGGGGACUCGGAAUUGGACAUGUAUGCUGAUGACUUUGAUGUAAAGGAGAAAACUAGUAUGGACACAAAGAAAACGGAAGAGGAACAUGUUGAAAACGAAAGUCCGGAAAGUUCCAAUGAAGUGAAAUGGGAAUUUAAAUGGUCACAAGACAAUAAUGCAGAGAUCUCUGGACCGCAUUCCACGGAACAAAUGCAAAAGUGGUCUACAGAUGGCCAUUUCAAAACUGGAGUUUGGGUUCGGAAAUAUGGUGAAGACACACAAUUUUAUAGUUCUAGUAGAAUUGAUUUUGAAUUAUAUCUAUAAUUUAAGUGUUAUGUCUGUCAUUAAUAACUUCUACUAUUGUAAUUCAUAAGAAAUACAAAAAAGUGUUCCCAA